AUGGCAGGCUUAUCCGGAUACAGGGCGGACAGCCCCAUCUCCACCACGAUUGAAGUCGACGAUUAUGAUGAAUACAACGACAAGGACGAUCCGAAACGCCGCAUCUCAAACAUCACAACGACUUCGGUAUCUUCCUUUCCCGACUCGGCUUGGCCCUCUGAGUCUGAUGUACCUGGACCCUUUUACUCGACCUCGAAAUCUCGACCUGCCUAUCGUGUGGGAAGCCUCCGCCGCUCACCUUUGCCUGAACGCCUGUCGCCAUCCUCGUUGCGACCCCCAAGACACACAUCUCAUCGUCCGAGAAGUAGAGGCGAAGGUGGCCGCCCUAGAAGUAGGGGGGAAGAUGGCCGUCCUAGAAGUAGAGGGGAAGAUGUUGCUCAUCACGACACUCAACAAGAGACACCCGCUCCUUUAGUCCUACUGCACGUCACAGUGUUGCCUCCACGUCUACCUUGGAGCCGCACUGUCCUCGAUGCAAUGUUGCCUCCAGAGCUCAAAAGACAGUUUGGAGUGCUACGAGCAGUAACUUCGGGACUGGUGGCACAAAGAGGCAUUCUCAUCGCUCACCCAAGAGAAGAGUUUGAGCUGUUGGAAGAAAGCGUGCUCGAGGCAUUGGACCUACUUCCCGAGCGCAUCGGCUACGACGGACAGUACAGACCCCGAACGCCAAACACAGUCACGGAAGGCGAGGCAGACGAUGAGGAGACGGAGAUGUCGAUUUGCAAUACCUGUCAACGAGUUCAUGUUGGCGAUGCUUGGUAUACGAGAGUCUAUGCUGCCAAUGGUCUCAUGCGUGCUGGCGCUUGGAGUGCGUGUUUUUCUGAGAUGGAGAGAGUUGACUGCGAAGUUCGACCUUGCAUCUCGGAGCAUAUCUGCCGAAGACUCGAUGAGAUGCAGUUGGCCGAGGACAUUGCUAACGAGAGAGGAGGUCACGAUCUUGCUACUCAGUCGAGACACGAACUACAACCCGCCGAGAAACCGAAGCAACGGUUGCAAUCUCAAAUCAUGGCGCCAGACCAAGGACCAACAGCGGUGACUACAGAUACGCAGCACAACCUGAAAACCCAGUCAAAGUCAUUCACUAUUGUCACACCUGCAUCUGCCCCAUAUUACGACCUUCCCACCAUCUACCAGGCCAAAGAUGUUCCCCUGAGUCUCCUCUUGCGCAACUACCUCUACCUUGUGUUUCGCGAUCGUCGAAACCUCGCCAUCUUCUUCCUUGCCCUGACAUUAUUAGCAUCUACCUUCUAUGGCAUGCUUGCUCCACAAGACUUUGUUACAAACGAGGUUAGCCUGUCAACAAGCCAGGUGCAAGCAGUCAACGAGCCCUCAAUCCCACCGGCUUCAGUGCCCCCGAUAGAUGUAGGCCAUGGAAAAAGACAUCCGAUGUGGAGGAAGGAUGAUCCUGAGCCGCAAGAUAAGACUGAACACGUGGAGCUCUCUAUCUCUGGCAAGAUGUCAGAUAGGGAACGAUAUGUUGAACUUAUGCCCAGAGGUGUUGCCAAAGAUCCAGCGAUCCAAGCCGUCGCUAUUGCAAUUGCGAGUGUAGCUGUCACGGGCCUGCACACUUCCACUGAUGUUGGUCUUCUCCCAUUGCAGACCUCCGCCUUCUCAUCGGCUCCAGUGUUUCUACCACUGCUUCAAGAGCCCGGUCAGUGCCGCCCAGACGACUGGAAGUCUUGA